UCAUUGUUCACCUUCCAGAACAUACAACAACAAAAAAAAAACUCGUUGAGCACUGUUUUCGGUUGUUUUCUGUUGUUUUCGUGUUUUUUUUUGUUUGUUGUUGGCAUAAUCAUGAAUACCAAAACUGAACAUAGAAAAGGAAGGAAAAGCAAAGAAGCGGGUGUACAAUUCAGGUCUGGGCCCGGUGCUAAGUGUAAAGCAAGCCGCCAUGAACUUCACGGUUGAAGAGUUUUAAGGAACGCUGUCACUAGUGCUGGUAUGGAGUUGUUCGCCGAGUGUCGCUCCUUGGAGGCAGCGGCGGGUGCGGUAGGAGCGAAGCCUUGGUGCCGAGGUUGCGAUUUGUGUGUAGUCGGAUUGUCUGAACCAGGCCUGGAGGAUUUUCUCGGUGAUUGUUUCACUGAUGGAGAGGCAACGGUUUGUGACAUUGCACUGUGUUGCUAUGAAUUUGAUUUGUUGGGUGGAAGAGGAGCAUAGAUAAAGGCAGAGUAGAGGGAAUGAUGCGCAGCUUGGAAUCGAGGUGGAGGUGUCAGAAUACGGCGAGGCUUUGUAAUUCUCUGGAUUCUAAGUAACGAGAUCGAAGGGAGAGAGUGUAGUCAGGAAAGGUUCAUGAGCUGGAUAAGGAUUAGGAGGAUUUGGAGCUGUGCUUGUGUCAAGCAGCGAGAGGUGACGGUUGAACGAGAUUCCAGGUUGUGAAGUGGAAGAAGGGAAUCGAAGGAGCUUCAAUGGGAGGCUUGAAGGAGGAGGCGAGGGACUUGAUGCCGACUCUCGAGGAUACGCUUGAGGAGGUAGAGCUACAGGCUGUUAAGACACAGACACUGAACUUAGAACAGGUGUUGAAGUUAGCGGCGUCGGAGUCGUCGCACCCUAGCGUGGCAGCAGUAUGGCGCGAUGCACCGGAUUUUUCGAGCCAGAAUGACACAUCGUUACCAAGCCGUGGGAUUGGCUCGUUGAUGAUUGAGGAUGCUGUGGAGCCUCAGGUAGUCGGGCAUGCACUGGUGAAGGCAGCUUGGGGAGGACACAUUAACUGCGUUCGUCGCCUGCGGGAGAUCCAGAGGGAGAAGCACAGCGGGAGCAUUCUCGUUAGUCGCUUCAAUGCGUUUGCACUUUUGAAAGCUGCUGAAAAUGGCCAUCAGGAGGUCAUUCGGGAGCUUCUGCGGCCGAUGAUAUCUGCGAGCACGGCUAUGAUGGGGUAUGUCAUUGCCACGAAAUGGAAGGAGAAGGAGGCGUCUUCGUACCCGUUCGUGAAGAAGGCCGCCAUCGUCCCGGGCAAAGACUGGAUUGGGAAGCUCUCAUCCACCAAGGAUAUGCUCCCGGCUGCUGCUCCAAUCUCUUGUUCUAAGGGAUGGGAACUGAAGGGCCUAGCCGGGGUUGCCGUGGAGCUGCACGAUUGUAUACGCGCGGCUUACAGCUUGUACUUGCUUUGGCGGGCGGCGGUCAUCUCUGCUACUCACUGUCAUGUUGAGGUGUUCAAGGUUCUGCUUCGGCAACGCGCUUUGGAGAACACUAUGUUAGCCGAUUCUUUCCACGGCGGCUCGGGACCGAAGAAAAGUUUCGAUCAUGGCGGGAAAAAGAUAAUCAGCCAGCGCGCCAAAAUGGACACCGUCAUGUAUCAAUUGGUGGAAGAGCUGAGCACCAAGAACUACCACGAUGGCAUCCUGUAUGCGUUGUGGGGACACAUCCAACGAGGAGGACGUGAUUCUCCGCGCCCCGAGACCGGCCGACCUCGAUGUGUGGCUCAGGCCAUGAAUGGCCUUUGGGAGAUGCAAUUGGAAGUUCCGCUUCUGAUGAUGCCCGUGGAGCAUGCAUUGCAGGAAGAGGAACCCUUUCGCCGCUACAAGCAGCUAACCCAGCUCUUCAGCCAACGCGCCAAAGUCAACAUUCAGCUCACUGCCAUUGUUGAAGCUCUGCCCAAUUGUCUUCAGGUCGUGGUGGGAAUCAAGCAUGUGAGGUUCAAGGUGGAGAAUUCUCGAUGGGACCCUGAUUGCAUGGGCCAUUUCCCGAGUUUGGUCAACUUGUCAGUGACACCGAUAACGAAAGAGGGAACUGGAGUUACCAUGACAAACUCGAGCUCAAAUAUCAUUGUGAAGAUUGGAAAGAUGGAGAACGUGCAAGUUGGCUCUAAUGCUGGCGAUGGUGCGACUAGAGGUAUCAGUGGCGGAAUGACUGCUUCGGCCUCCAUCGGCGUGACGUCUACAAUGAAGAACAGGCCAUGGAGGUUUGAGCAGCUUCCGUUGAAGGAUGAGCGAGGCGGCAGCUUCGUGUGCACACUACAAUCAAUAAAAGGAAUAAUUUUCAACCGAUCGAAUACCAUGCGGAUGGCUGAUAGAAAUUCCAAGUGGAGGUUCGGGAGGCGGAUGCCAAGCAACCCACUGGAUGAGCUUCCCUUCACAAGUGAGGGUGGUGUCAUUUUCACCAGUGCCGAGUUUGACGAUACUAUGAUGUGGCGUUUCCCCAAGCACAUGGAGGGGAAGAAACUGAGGUGGAGCAUUGAGGGUCAAAUCCAUUCCACCUACACCACCGCCCGCUACUUCGAGACCCGGAUGGCCACCUUCUGUGGUGAUAUUGAGGAGCCUCUCAAGCCUCUUGAAGUCAAAGACAAGAAUGGUAAAAAGAACAGCGGGGACGAGAAGGUGGAAAGUAUCGAGAAACCACCGAAGGAUGCGAAAUCCAACAUGGGCGAGGAGAAAACUGCCACGGCUGAUGCAAGCCCUACGUCUGAAAGCUCUACGAAGCCUAGUUUUGAGUGUGCUGAAGCUGAGUAUCUUGAAUUUUUGAAGUUCAAGAAGUUCAAGGAGAGAAUGCUGAGACAAAGCCUGGGAUCGGCUCAGGAACUGCAAGACUUAGGAAAAGAGAGCUUUGUGGGAAGGCACAGCGUAAGCUCAAUUAAGGAACUGAACUGCCAAGGCAUGAGAGAGAGAGAGAGAUUGUGGCCUUUGUCGUCCCAGAGAAGGAUGUUCUCGGUAAUCAAGCAGCAAUUGAUGUAACACAAAAAGAACAGGAUAUUGGACGCGACUGUGGUGAUGACCAUCAGAGACCUACCGUUUAUUCUCACAAUUACAAUGAUAUCGGGUCUGAUCCCAGUCCAGCUGGUAGUGGGAAUCAGUCAGGACUUGUAGGCUUUGCCGAAGAUGAUUCAGAUAACCGAGGAGAGCUUUGGGAGCAAAGGCUUGCGGAUUCGCGGGUGAGUGAUGACGAAGAUGUUAUAAUGGCUGAAAAUGGAGAAAUCAGCAGAAGCGAAUCUCGUAACAAUAGUACCAGAAGUAUCACAGGUUUAUCGGUCCGAACGCGGCAUGGUAAACUGACACAUCUCAGUAGAGGAUGAUCCUGUCGCGAUUGAGUGGCGUGUACAUGUGUAAAUUAUGAUGUCAAGGCAUUGAUCCACUGCAAUUUUAUUUCUUCACGAUUCUACCCAGAAUUGAGGGACCUACCCCCCUGCCUGCUGUAGCAUCGGUAUCAUUUGUUUCUGGUACGUCAACUCCUUCUUACCGUCGAUUUAUUUCUGAUACAGGUCAGUUCAAGCAUAUAUAAGUUUUGGUACCAAGGCGUGACAAAACUGCUACUUCUACCUACAAUAAACAGCGGAUACUUUUGCCUGCAAUUUUUUAUGAGGUGCUACUCUCCAGGGAGGAGCUUUCUAGUUCAUCGAAUUCUUUUCAGGCUGAUUUGGUUUCUAGACUAUUUACCGAUCUUUUCAAGAACCAUAGGAAGAAGUAACUAUGUUUCAGACGUGCCCUGAAAUGAUUUCUGGUCUUACCGGUUAUUACACGAGCUAUUUCGACAAACGUGUAGUGAAUUAAUAAGUAAAGCACUGAUUUUUUUACGUUA